AUGAACAACGUGGAUGUUGAUGUCUUGGAUGGAAGGGAUCGACUGACGGACCGACAAUCGGGCGGUCUCGAGUCGGAACAGCCUCAGCUGCGCCGACCGACAUGUCAGAGCAUGAGCUUCAGCUCUGAUUGGCCGGGAUCACGGCAUGACGAAGACGGCAAAACUGGGCUGAAGGCGAGGGGAGGAGUUGGGGCCAAGGCAACCGACGAGUAA